UUAAACAUGAUUUUAUCAUGUAAAAUGUCCCAUGGUUUAAAAAUGUUUAGGUGUUAACUUGAUUAAAAAAAUUAUUAAAUAGCAGGUCUUGUACCACAUGAUUUAUGCAAGAUUUAAUAUUUUAUAAUUAUUAUUAAUAUGUUAAUAUUAAUAUAAGUUAUAUUGCUUACAUUGUUUGAUUUUGUUUUUGAGGGAAAUUAUUUCAUAUUUUUAAUAAAAUAAUGCAAGAAGAAAAGAUAUCAGAUAAUGGGAACGAGUAUCGUGAAUCUCUCCUUUCUUUGAUGAAAAAAAACCUGACUUCUGAUAUCAAAUCAGCAGAUGUUUAUAUGUUACAAGUACCUAAGAAGACAGAAUCGUGUUGGACAUCCCCUCUUACUUUGGUUAAAGAAAAAAAGCAAGAUAUUAAUAAAUUUCGAUCAUUGACAGAAUUUGCAGAUCGUAUAAAUUUAUCAUUAAAAUGCAAAGCUGUACCUCAAAAACGCAAGCAUAGCAAUUCUGCUGAUGUUCCAGAAAAUAAAUGCAAGGAUAAAAAUUCUAAUGUUCCUGCAAAUAAUAUACCCAGCUUGUAUAAUGAAGUCUUAAUAGAAGCAGCUUUGAAAAGGUGUUUAGCUGAUAAAGCAUUUUGGUCAGAAUCAGGCCUUAUUUCUCUUAUAGAAAAUUGUUUUAUCACACAAAGGUUGUGUGAUACUAUGUUGGAAUUAAUAUUAAAAUAUCACUUUGUUGAAGUUUUUCAAGUUAUAAAAAAAUGUAAACUUGUUUUAACAUCAAAGCAGAUAGUUGCUGUUUUAAAGUUCUUGUUGAGUUCGUAUGUCAAACAAGAUUUAACUCACCAAUCAAAGAUAGUGCAAGAUGAAUUGUCUUCUGUUAUGCAUCUUGAUUUUGAUGAAGUUACUAUGAGGAGUCAUUUUAAGUCAUUAUCAACAAAUGAAGCUUCAAUAUUUUUAAAAUUUCUCGUUGCUGUUCUAAAAGACUGUUCAACUGCUAUAAAAGCAAAUGAUUUAAUUUUUCAUAGACAUAGCGAAGCCACUGUACUGAAAUGGAUUGACUCUCUCCUAUCAGCGCAUCUUUUAUCAUUUAUUGUUUCCACUACUUUUUUUCCAAUGGUAGAGGAAUUAAGGCAGUUAAUUGUGAUGCAGAGGCGUUUUCACCGUGACAUAGGGUUACUAAAGCCAUACUUCGUUUUUCGCGAAAAGCGAAUUACGCUAGCGGCUAAACGAAAAGACAAGACUUAUUCAUUUGAAAACAUUCUAAUAUGAGUUAUUAUGCAGGGUUGCUUGAAACAAUUACCAAUUAUUGAUAGAAGUAAUUGGUUAACAUUGCCCAAAUAAUGCUACGAAAAUGAUUGAGUAUCGCCGUUAUGUAGAGAAGCUUAUGGCGUUCUGACUCAAAUUGUAUUUGUACCGAACGCAAAUCCUUUUGACUAUACACACCGCUCGAGUUAUUCAAAUACGAAGCUUAUUUGAUUUUGGUGAUCAAUAGUUAUGUUGAAUUCGAUUUUAGGAAUUCUCUAAAAAUGUUAAAGACAAAUUCAAGAAUGUUUAUAAAUUUAUCGAUAUGUAAUGACAUUUUCUUGUACCUUGUACCUAGUAUGUAAUGACAUUUUCUUGUACCAAUUAAUUUAUUAAACCGUUCGAUAAA